AUGACUAAACCAAAACUCCUAAGGGGGGUGACCCCUAAGGCUUGGUUCAGCAAGCUCCGAGAUCUCGCAGCUCACCAGGACGUUCCAGCAUUCCUCAGGGAUCACAUCAAUGAAGUCUCGCCCCCCGAGUUGCCACACGUGAACCCCUCUGACACGAGUGUUCACGACACGAGCUUGGCGUUUGGUCUAAAAGAAAUUGAGGGAUAUGUGCUGUUGCAACUCCCAGACGUCCAGGUCCACCAGACGACAUUUUGCUCUACCUAA